GGCUUCUGCAAACCUCAUUUGGCAGGCUUUGGCGCUGUUCGUUCCAUUUUCCUCCAGAGCGCUGUUCUAAGAGUGGCAACCCUUCUCUAGAGUCAGCGGUCAAUCCGUGGAGCAGAUGGACGAGUGUUUAGUCUUCUAUUUGCCGUAUGUGGCGUAUGGAAGGAAUAUGUGUGGCACUAAAUAAGUAUGGGAGCCUUCUGCUAUAGAUUUCACUUAUAACAUGUUUCACUAAGGAUACCAUUCAUUUUGAUUUCUUCUCUGAUCGUACGUGAACUAUUAAACAUGUCAAACUGACGCGAGUUAUAUCGCAAUUCUCAAUCUUAAAAGGAUAACCAAAUGCACUUUUCUCUUGGCCUUGGCGCAUGUCCUUGAAGCCAAGUUACAUUCCUUGGCAUUAUUCCACGUGCAUAGCACGUGAGGAGUAAUUGGUCUCAAUAUUCUUGUGUCCUGAAUAUGUACUGGAUGGAGUUUUUGAGGAACUAUGAGCAGAAGGCCAACUGAGCCAUGGAAAAUCUUUGUGCUGUAUUGGAUUUUUCCGUGGCACUUUUCAACUUGCCUAAAUUGCAAACCAAGAACAAAAGCAGAAUUUUGGAUAAAACUUAAGCUUCUCAUUUCUUGCAAAAAAAGACGGAAUGCAUUUUCAAUAUCCUCUUGUGCUUCGAGGACAGUUUCGAAGUGUUUAGCAUUCCCCCUGCAACCAGGUUGUCAAUAAUCUGGAUUUUUCAGGCAUGGUGUUGGAAGUGAAAGGUUUAUUUUCCAUUCUUGUACAAAAAUGCUGCUUCUCUCCCCGUCCAGCGAUCCACAGGUGUUGGUUAUCGGCGUGUGUACUGAGCCUCAUUUCACUUGUCAUCUGUGCUUAUUACAUCGCACAUGUACCAUUUAACAGCACAAUGAAAGUUCCCAAAGAACUCACUUUUCGUUGCAAAUCAUCAUUUGAUAGAUCUGCUGACAGCUCAAAAAUAGGUUAUCCUGCUGCUAAUGUUCAUGCAUCUAGUGCAAGAUUACGUCUUGAUGCCAAAGUACUUGUUUUUGUUGAAACUCAAUAUUCACAUUUGGGACGACAAAUCUCGGAGAUACUUGAAGCAUCUCGUAUCAAGUUCAAAAUGGAAAUAGCUGGCAAAAGUUUACCCCUUCUUACAAAUCUAGAUAAAGGAAAAUUUGCUGUUUUGGUAUUUGAAAAUUUUGAAAAAUAUUUGCAUAUGAACAAAUGGAAUCGUGAGCUUCUGGACAAAUAUUGUCGGGAAUACAAUGUUGGAAUAAUUGGUUUCAUAAAAGCACAGGAAGAAACAUAUGUUGGAGCUCAACUGAAAGGUUUUCCAUUGUAUGUUCAUACAAAUAUGGCUCUCCGGGAUUAUCAUCUCAAUGGUGACUCUACAGUUUUGCGACUUACACGUGCUGGUGAGGUAUUCUAUGGUAACAUUCCAGGCUCUGAUUGGACAGUCUUCCAACCAAACCACUCUACAUAUGAAGCUCUCGCAUCAGCACGUUCACAAACAUUUCAACCUUACCUUGCUGCAAAAGGAAUUGACCCUUUGCUCACAACUGUUGUACAUGAUCAUGGCAGUUAUGAUGGCAUAUCACGUGUCUUGUUCGGAAAUGGUUUUCAGUUCUGGAUUCAUAGGCUUUUGUUCUUGGAUGCUAUUUCCUUUCUGUCUCAUGGGAAAUUGAGUCUCCCUCUCCAGAGGUUUUUGCUUAUUGACAUAGAUGAUAUAUUUGUUGGUGAAAAAUCCACACGGAUGAAACCAUCUGAUGUCAUUGCCUUGUUAAAUGCUCAGAAUCGUAUCAAAAGAACUAUACCUGGUUUUCGUUUUAAUUUGGGCUUUUCUGGUAAAUUUUACCACAAAGGCACAGAUGAAGAAAAUCUUGGAGAUGAUAUGCUGACAGAGCAUGCUGAAGAAUUUUGGUGGUUUUGUCAUAUGUGGAGUCAUAGCCAACCUCAUUUGUUUGAAAACAUAACUGCACUUGAAAUGGAAAUGAAAUUAAAUAGAGAAUUUGCAAAAGUUCUUCCAAGGCAAACUUGUGGUCUUUAUACCCAUACUAUAUUUCUAGACAAAUAUCCUGGCGGCCCUGAAAAACUGGAACUUAGUAUUAAAGGAGGAGAACUUUUUUAUCUUUUUGUUUAUAAUCCGGUGAAUGUUUUCAUGACUCAUCUGUCAAAUUAUGGUAAUGAUCGCCUUGCUCUGUAUACAUUUGAAUCAGUCAUAAAAUUUGUUCAGUGUUGGACUAAUCUUCAACUCAUCACAUUACCACCUUUACAAUUAGCUGACAAGUACUUCCAGACAUACCCUGAAGAAUCUGAUCCUGUGUGGAUGAACCCUUGCAAUGACAAACGUCACAGAGCUAUAUGGUCAUCUGCAAAGUCUUGUGAACAGUUGCCCAAAUUCCUUGUUAUUGGCCCUCAAAAAACAGGAACCACUGCAUUAUAUACAUUUUUAUCUAUGCAUCCAGCCAUUGUUAGUAAUUAUCCCAGCCCAGAAACAUUUGAAGAAGUUCAGUUUUUCAAUGGUAGAAAUUAUUACAAAGGUUUAGAUUGGUAUAUGAACUUUUUCCCUGUUCCAAAAAAUUCUACUGAUAAAUAUUUAUUUGAAAAAAGUGCCACAUAUUUUGAUGGUGAUUUAGUACCUAUGAGAGCCCAUGCAAUGUUAACAGCAGCAAAGUUGAUCACAAUUUUGAGAAGCCCUAUUAAGAGAGCAUAUUCAUGGUAUCAACACAUGAGAGCUCACAAAGAUCCAACAGCUUUAAACUACAGCUUUCAAGAAAUUGUUUCCACCGGUGACCGAGGGCAUCGAGCAUUAAGGGAACUUCGAAAUCGUUGCCUUAUGCCUGGAAUGUACGCUCAGCAUUUAGAUCGAUGGCUGUCAUUUUAUUCUCCUCAACAAUUACUUAUAAUUGAUGGUGAGGAACUGAAAUCAGAUCCUGUGGCUGUUAUGAGCAAAUUGCAACAGUUCCUAAAAAUAAAACCUUUCCUCAACUAUAAAGACCAUUUGAGGUAUGAUCCAAAAAAGGGGUUUUUCUGCCAAGUUAGUCAGGAGCGAAAUAAUACUAAGUGCCUGGGAAGAAGUAAAGGACGACUUUAUCCCCCUGUGGAUCCUCAAACGGAGAAGUUCCUCAAGGCCUUUUAUCUGCCCCAUAAUAUUGCUCUUUCUAAACUGCUCACAAAACUCAGACAACCUAUACCAUUGUGGCUAGAAAAGGAUCUUUCUCACGGGUCAUAAAUUGUGCUUUUUUGCAGGAAUCAGCAUGUAAAGAAAGAGUGAUUUGUUCACACCCCCCCCUUUUUUUUGAAUUAAAUAGUCAGAAUAAUGUUUCAUAAUUGCUAUUAUGAACGUAUUGAUGUUAAAGAAAUCUGAAUUCAGUUAGCAUUCUCUUAACGAGAAUGAUGAAUGAAAUUGUGAGCAUUUAGAGUAAUGCUCUGAAUAAGUAACCAAAACAAUCAUGACACGGACAAUCUUUAGUGCCCAUGAUUGUGAUUUUUUUUUUCAAUUCAUCAUUGUUUCAUAAAACAUUCUGACCAUUAAGCAUUUUGAUUUAUGUGCCAUAUUUAAUUAUGUAAGACGUUAAUUCUAACCUUACACAGCUAUUCCAUAGUUAUGGUAACCAAUUGAAACAUUAUGUAAUUCCACUUAAGGUUUAUAUAUUUUCAGAUAAAUAUAGGUUCUGUAAAAUUUUAAACUUUCUUCAAAAUUUUUUGUUAAACAUUUUACAGCACUUAUCAAUAUUAUUUUAAUACUGAUGCUCAGUAUUAAAAUUUAAAUAUGUUAUAACAAGAACAAAAAAAUUCAAAUGUUUUAUUCUUUAUGCUUAAAUUUUAAUGUUUUUAGUUAUAAAGAUAUUGAAAAUAAGAAAUGGUAAAGAUGAUGAACUUGAAACAAUUGAAAAUUUUACAUACAGAAUUCAAGAUAAGUAAACAAUCUUUAGUGGUCAUAGUAUGAAAUUAAAUUAUAAACUUGACUUCAAAUAAAUAUUUUUAAAAACUGCACACAGUGUUUUCAAUUCAAUUUUUAAGAAGCAGUACCAAUUAUUUUGUUAUAGUCUUGACAUGAAUUUUAUGUACUAUUAUUAUAUUAUAAUUACAGCACAUUCAUCACAUCUCACCAUGCUUCUGUCAAAUUAAGAAAGUAACUGAAUUUUAUUGGAUUGCUGGUUUGAAAUUGUAUAGGUUUAGCUAAGAGUUUUAUAGCUAUCACAUACCACUGAUUUAGAAAUGAAUCUAUGUAAUAUCUCUUAAAUUUAGCUGUAUCUUUUUUUAUAUUAAAUUGGUCUUAGAUUCCUCUGUCCAAGUUUUAAUUUCAGUAAUCAGAUUUGUAUUUAAUAAAAUCAUGUGUGAAUUCUUGUAAAUAUUUUUGAAGAACUCUUGUUGUAGCAUGUAAUUGUAUUUAUUAAGUUUCUUAAUUCAU